AUGCACUGGACACCAGAACACGCCCAGCCCCUCAACCAAUGGCCAGAGCAGCACCUGGACGUCUCCUCCACCACCCCGUCGCCAGCCCACAAAUUGGAAUUGCCCCCUGGGGGUCGCCAGCGCUGCCACUAUGCUUGGGCACACGACGACAUCUCUGCCCUCACUGCCUCCAACCUCCUCAAACGCUACGCAGAGAAGUACUCGGGGGUCCUGGACUCACCCUACGAGCGUCCCACCCUGGGCGGCUACGGCGACUCCGCAUUCCUCAACGGCGCCAAGGGGGACCCCGAGCCAUGGCCAGGGCCCGAGCCGCCUUACCCCCUGGCCUCACUCCACGAGGGCCUCCCGGGGACCAAGUCGGGCAGUGGGGGCGGUUCCGGGGGCCUUGGGGGCUCCCCGGUUUUAGCUGGGAACCUGCCUGAACCCCUCUAUGCCGGCAACGCGUGCGGGGGCCCGUCGGCGGCGCCCGAGUACUCGGGCUACGGCGGGGGGUACCUGACGCCAAGUUACUGCGCGCAGACCGGCGCCGCGCUGCCCCCGCCACCCCCGUCUGCGCUACUGCAGCCCCCGCCCCCGCCCGGGUACGGCCCCUCCGGGCCUCUGUACAACUACCCCGCGGGGGGCUACGCUGCGCAGCCCGGCUAUGGCGCUCUCCCGCCGCCCCCGGCCCCCGCCCCGGCCCCCUACCUGACCUCGGGCCUGGCGGCGCCCACGCCCCUGCCCGCGCCGCCCAGGCCGGCGCCCACCUCCUACGGCUUCCAGGCGGCCGCUCCGGGCGCUGAGGCCGGGGUGUCGCUAAAGCGCAAGGCCAACGACGAGGGCGCGGAGGGCCGCUACCGCAAGUAUAUUUAUGAGCCCACCAAGGCCUCCGCGGCCGACGGUGCCUCCUACCCCGCCGCGGACAACGGCGAGUGUCGGGGCAACGGGUUCAGGGCGAAGCCGCCGGGAGCCCCGGAGGAGGUGUCGGGAAAGUAUGGCGGCGGCGUCCCCCUCAAGAUCCUGGGCUCCCCCGUCUACGGCCCACAACUCGAGCCCUUUGAAAAGUUCCCGGAACGGGCCCCUGCGCCGGCUCCCCGUGGGGGCUUCGCGGUGCCCUCGGGGGAGCCUCCCAAAGGUGUGGACCCGGGAGCCCUGGAGCUAGUGACGAGCAAGAUGGUGGACUGCGGGCCCCCGGUGCAGUGGGCGGACGUGGCAGGCCAGGGCGCGCUCAAGGCGGCGCUGGAGGAGGAGUUGGUGUGGCCCCUGCUGAGGCCGCCCGCCUACCCAGGCAGCCCGCGCCCGCAGCGGACAGUGCUGUUCUUCGGGCCGCACGGUGCAGGCAAAGCUCUGUUAGGCCGCUGCCUCGCCACGCAGCUGGGAGCCACGGUGCUGCGCGUGCGCGGCGCGACCCUGGCCGCGUCGGGCGCCGUCGAGGGCGCUCGCCUCCUGCGGGCGGCCUUCGCGGCUGCGCGCUGCCGCCCGCCCGCCCUGCUCCUCCUCAGCGAGCUGGAUGCGCUGCUCCCGGUCCGGGACGACGGUGCGGCUGCCGCAGGCGCGCUGCAGGCCUCGCUCCUGGCCUGCCUGGACGGCAGCUGCGGCGCGGGGCCCGACGGCGUGCUGGUCGUGGGGACCACCUCGCGGCCCGCGGCUCUGGACGAGGCGACCCGCCGGCGCUUCGCUCUCCGCUUCUACGUGGCAUUGCCCGACAGUCCGGCCCGCGGGCAGAUCCUGCAACGGGCGCUGGCCCAGCAGGGCUGUGCGCUGAGCGAGCGGGAGCUCGCGGCCCUGGUGCAGGGCACCCAGGGCUUCUCUGGGGGCGAACUGGGACAGCUGUGCCAGCAGGCAGCGGCCGGGGCGGGCCUCCCGGGCCUGCAGCGCCCCCUCUCCUACAAGGACUUGGAGGCGGCGCUAGCCAAGGUGGGCCCUAGGGCCUCCCCUAAGGAGCUGGACUCGUUCGUGGAGUGGGACAAAAUGUACGGCUCCGAACACUGA